CGAUGGUCACGGACGCCAAGGUGCGAGGCGACUGGCCUCGACGGGACUACUCCAAGCCCUGGCUUGCUUCGCCCUGCAAACUGCCAUCCUCGCAUGCUCGUGCCACGUUCCAUGAUGAUCUUUCUGGCGCGGCGCGAACGGUCGAGCCGCAAUGGAACUCGUCGCCGCCAGAGCCGCCGCGCAUUCUCAAGCAUCAGUUGCUCUGCAAGUCGCCGCUGCCGGUAUCGGCGCCGGUGCCGUGCCUUUUGUCGACCGCCAAGGCAAGCCGAGCCGACAAGGUCAGCGCUGGGAUCACCAAGCCAACGCUCUUGGCCCUUCGGCGACAAGUCGAGACGCGCCUCGCCCAAGACCGCGACGAAGAGCGCCGAGAGAAGAACGAAUGGUGGUGGGCCAGCCAGACCUCGACACCGUCGUAACCAUGAUACAUGAAAGGCCUCAAAGCCACCAGCUCCAGCACCAAAGUCGAGACGACGUCUUGAUAGAUGCCAGAGAUAGCGCUGUAGCGGUGACCGAGUCCAGUGCCAAAUUCACAUUUCCCAAUACCUGGG